GCGUGCGUGCUUGGACGUCUGGAUGUCAUGGAAGAUUCUCGAGUGAGGAGAAAAAGCAGGAAGAAAAGGAAAAGGAAAUGAGAGACAGUGUAAAUGACCAUUCAUGCAGAGUUACUACUGCGUCAUCUUGUGGCUGCAGGACGAGAGCGGGUGUGGCGGUCCCGCAGCGCGAGGACGCUGGAUAGCCUGGAGUUUUUCACUUUCACUUUCAAAUUCUCUCAGUUUACUGUUGCUUAAUUGGAGAGUGAAGCUCUCAGAGUCACAGUUUCUCUGUGUUCGCUUCUGUGACUGUUCUUCUCCACUGAAGAGCGUCUCUGGUGUUUUAUGUUUAGAAACUCCCUCACAUGAUGGCGAUGGCAGCGCAGAUGAUCUUUGUUUUCUUCAGUUUGGUCUCGAUCACAGAGUCCAGUGAUGUGUUCAGAUUGGUUGGCGAUUCUGUUCAACUGAACAUACAGGAUCCUGUACCGGAGUUUGAUGACUUAUUCUGGGUUUUUAACAGAACUGAAAAUGUUCUAAAAUAUUAUUCUGUUAAAAAAACUAAACAGUAUCCUGCUUAUGAAGGCAGAGUGGAGUUCAAUGAGGAAACCUACAGUCUGACACUGAAGAACUUACAGAAGACUGAUAGUGGACUGUAUGAAGCAAAAGCAGUUGGUGCACAGUACAGAGUUGUUGCUGAGUACAGAGUCUCUGUGUUAGAUCCAGUGGAGGCUCCAGUCCUGACUUACCACCAGUUAAGCAACGGCACCUGUAUCAUCACUCUCACCUGUAGAGGUCAUGACCUCUCUAUCAGCUCCAGCUGCUAUAAUGAAACCUGCGAGGAGGAGGAAGUGACAUUACCUGCAGGCGUCAACCUUUCCCUGUUUGUCAACAGCAGCACCAUCAUCUGUAACCAUAGCAACCCAGUCAGCUGGAAGAAGGUUGUUUUGGAGAUGGGAGAACUUAAACGACUCUGUGGUGAUAACGGAAGUAAACGUGAAGAAACCCGUGGCCCAGACUCAGGUUUAACAGUGCCUGUCGUGGUUGGCGUAGUGGUUUUCAUCAUUCUUAUUGCUGCCUUCAUCGUCAUAUAUCACUACCGGAAGAAAUCAAGAGCAGCAAUCUACCUCAGAGGAGCCCAGCAUGAAUAACAGCUAUGGAUCAGUUCCAGAUCAGUAUCACAACCCAGCAAAGCUGUGAAUCAAGCCAAAUUGGAUGAAGCUGCAUCAGAUGUGAGAAAUGAAAGCUGGCACACAGUUGGCUAAGAAGAUUGCCAGGGAUUUCACGGCCAUCUCAUGGUAGUCCACAAAAGUACAACAGGCCCUUCUGUAAUUGGGUGGGAAAAAUGCUGAAGACAGCCAGUCUAUGAGUCUUAGGUGAUGAAUACAGAGCACAGGAGCUUUUUUUUCAGGUAUUUUGGGGGCGUUUUUUGUUUGGAUUUCUGUUAAUUAACCCUUAUUUUUCUAAUUUCUAAAUGCAAUUCUCUUUGCAAAAAUGUUAGUUUUGUAUCACAGCAUACUCUCAUGAUAAAUGUGAAGUUUGGAUGCAUUUGGAGGCAUUUU